AUGACUGACAAAAACAUUCUUCUCCCAUCAGAAGGCGCUUCAGGAGUCAGAUCUGAUGGCACUGCAACUGCAACCUGUCUCUGCGGAGCUGUGCAGCUAUCGUUUCCCGUUGAUGGAGAUGCUCUGGUCAACACCUUUGUUUGCAACUGUAGUGACUGCCACAAACUCAGCUCCUCGAUGUUUUGCUCCAACUUCACCAUUAAAGAUGACAGCCUAACGCAUGUUCGAGGAGAGAAUCGUCUUACAAGGUGGGCGCAGAGCAAGACCAUCGCUUCAGGUGCUACAAUGGAAGACAGUUUCUGCUCCACCUGUGGCAAUCUGAUGUACAGGCGCAGCAGCAGAUUUCCGGGCAUGAGCAUUCUGCGAAUUGGUACCGUGGAUGAUUUUGGUCUGCAUGCCACGAAGCUGGCACCGCAGUUCGAACAAUUUACAAAGACGCGAGUGGAAUGGCUUGAUGGAGUCAAGCGUCAAGGAAUACCGCAUCAUGCAGAGUCGGGCUUCUGA